CCCUUCGCCGCGCGCCCGCGUCACUCCUCUCUCUCCCUUUCUCUCUGGUUAGGGCUUGCCGAUGGGUAUGACGAUGAGAAACGUUCAUUACCUGAGAGUCGUCCUCUUCCUUUGCCUGUAUUUGUAUCUAUUUGCUCCUGCAACGUCGCAGAAUCUCACAAUCGAUGCCGCUCAUCCUACAGCACUUUAUCUCUCUUCUGGCCAACUGGUGGAAGGUUCGCCAAUUUCUAAGCCUAGAAUCACAAUGGUUUGUCAGAGGAUUCAUGUACAAGGUGUUCCAAGGUUGCUGAAUCUAAAAAAAUAUUCAAAUACAUUCAGGGUGAAGGUAAAAAUUCUGGAAACAAGUUCUGAUGUUCAUCUACGAAAAGUUGUUAUAUGCUUUCAUAGGAACAUAUCCAUUGAGGUAGGGAUGUACCCUCCAGGGGAAUGGGAGAAACUUAGCAAGGAUACAUGGAUUGGAUCAAUGUCGCCAUAUGACUAUAGGCUGCUAGAUAUAUGCAUGCCUCCACCCUUUUUAUCCCUUGAAGUGUCAACUGAAGAAGAAACAAAGCUAUUUCGCUUGAUUUUCCUGGUUCUGGGCGCAUUGUUGAUAAUACUGUCCCCAGAAAUGAGCAAGUCAGCGAUGUUUUACUACAGUAAUGCAAUGAUUUUGGGCAUUGUUCUUGUCAUCUUAAUUGUGCUUUUUCAGGGUAUGAAGUUGCUGCCAACAGGUCGGAAGAGAUCUUUAAUGAUUUUUCUCUAUGGCUCAAUUGUUGGCUUGGGGACUGUCAUACUACGCUAUCUGUCUGGUUUGUUGCAUUCAGUUCUUUCAGAUAUUGGCCUGAAUGAGGAUAUAUACAAUCCUGUUGCGUUAUUUUUGCUAGUUUGCCUUGUUCUAGCAGGAGCAUGGUUGGGUUUCUGGGGAGUCAGGAAGCUUGUUUUAUCUGAAGAUGGGGCUGUUGAUGCUAGUGUUUCUCUUUUUGUGAGAUGGGCCAUUCGGAUUUUUGGUGCUGUGAUGAUCACUCAGAGUUCACUGGAUCCCCUUCUGGCAACAGGAGCAUUGGUCUUUGCAGCAUCUUUCUUACCCGCAAGUAGGACAGCCUUCGGGGAUGGAAUCUUUUAUCAUUGGUUGAUAAUUCUCAGGUACUUGGUUGAAGCAGUCAAAUGCAUCCCUCAGACAUUUUCUGCCAGGGACUACCUUUACGAGGGGACUUCAACAGACUUUUUUGAUGAAGUAUCGGGAAGGGAGACUAAAAUGUUCAAGCCUCGAACCAAAGCAUAUAAAUGGGUUCCCUGCACUAUAUUUGGACGAUCUGCUGUGACACCAGAGAAAAGCAAUUUUCGGCCAGAUAAAGGAACUUAUUUCUCUACAUUCCAUAGAACACCUGACAGGAAAAGGUUUUCUAAGGAAGAGUGGGAUGCAUUCACCAAGGAUGAGACCAGAAAAGCGUUGAAAGAACUUGUUUCAUCACCGGAGUUUGGACAGUGGGCUGUCAACAAUGCUGAAAGAAUCACUUUGUCACCUGCCAACCAUAAUGAUCGUGGCGAUACGACAAGAAGAGGAGGGCGGUGGUUCAAAUGGUUUUAGUUGUAUAAAUUUCAUUUAGUAGCAGGAAGUUAUUUGCAGCAGUGUCAGCGCACAGUCGUUGCAGAACUCAAAUUCAACACGAUCUGUCUCUGAUAGUAGCAACUAAGUACUAAGUAUUAACCAGUGAAUAUCGUUGUGGCUUUAUCCACGGACGAUAGGUUUGUAUAUUUGGGAGCUCGUAUCACAGAAGCAUGGGUUCUCACACUCGAGUUGCACCCGGGCGGCUUACUGUUUGCUCUUAAAUGAAUUUUCAGUUCCUUAUCAGUGAGCUUCAUGGUUUUUGUAAAUACACUAUUGUACCACUGUUCCUGCAGAUGCAAAAUGAAACACAUGGCAACAAUGGGUAGUC